AGCAGCAGCAGAGACGUCGGCAGAGGUAGAUCUUACCUGGUGGCCGAGGCCAGCUCCAAAUGGCAGUCAACGGGCACAUCUCAAGCGUUGCAGUCGCUUUCCAUGCGAACUCGAUUUUAAGCCAUAUCUCUGCAUAUCUCCAUUGGCCAAAACCAAUACUCUGCUAGCCAGUAUUAGUUAGCUGGUAGUUUUGUGUAUAAUUUUUUGGCCAACAUCUGCGUGCCGCGGAUUUGGCGUGAAAGUGGUCCACAUCAAUCACAAAUAAGCUCAGGAUACACCAACUACACCAAUUAUCUGAAAAUCAAAGUCUUCAAAUCAUUAAUAUGUUUCUCACAAAGAGUUCAAGUGCGCGGCACUCACUGCUGGUACUGCUCUUGGCUUUCUGCUGCCUGAGCUCUGCCUUCGGAGCCAAGAUAACCAAAAAGGUCGAGAAACCCUCGCAGCAGAACGACGACAAGGUACCAGAGGCGGAGCCGGCGGUGGAAGCCGACCAGGAGGAGGAGGAGAACGACGAGGAUGACGAUGACGAGGAAGCGGAUGAGGACGACGAGGAGGAGGAGGAGCAGCCGGCCAAGGGAGCAAACAAAGAGGCUGCGGCAUCGAGUUACAACAAGAACCCCAGUGCCGUUCAGGCCGCCACCGACCCCACGGAUCUCAGUGUCUGGGGCAUGGUCCGCACUCUCUGGGGCUGGCUGCGCAGCGAUCUGAGUGAAAGCCUCUUCGGUGAUGACGACAACGACGACGGGAAGCCAGCGUCCGGCAACUCGGCAGUGGAGGGCCGUACCUUUGGAAAAAUCCGUCGCCUGCAGAUGGCUUUGAUUCCCAUCAUCUUCAAGUUCGGAGUGCUCUCGGCCAUGGUUGCCUUUUUGGUGGCCAUUGGAAUGAAGUCGUUGUUCCUGCUGAAGGUGCUGGUCGUGAUGAACGCCAUUGCCAUUCUGGGCAAGUUCAUAACCCUGAAAUCGAGCUUGUUUGGAAGCUACGAGAACACGGCUCCAUCCUUCAAUUAUCCGGGCUGGAAUCCUCAUGGCAAGGAGUCGUGGGGCACCACAGGACUGAGUGGUAACGGCGGUUUGGGCGGACAUCCGCCGAGCAAGGAAAUCCAUCUGCACAUCCACGGCAAUGCCCAGACCCAGGCUCAGUUGGCCGGACAGGGCUACACUUACGAGUCCCAGGGAGGCUGGGCCAGUCGCUCGGAUCCGUACGGAGCUUAUGCUCCCACGGGUCAGUUCACGGAGAACCAGCAGCCCGCGGUCGGAGUUCCCGGAGAGGUGGCCGUGCCCAACAUUACGGAUCCCAUGUCCCUGUUACCCUCGAAGUAUCGGGCGAGGCGUCUGAUUCGCUAGAGAAGGGCUGAGGUCUCCCUCAAACACCACCGCGAUUUAGUCAGCGACUUUACGAGGACGCAGCUUUACGUACACCUAAAACUAGUUACGACUCUAAUUAAAUCUUAAUUAUAAUUAAAUUAUUUAAAUUAUUUUCCCCAUAGUAGACCUAAAACGAUUGAUAAUUUGUAAUAAAUAGUCAUAAUAUGCA